UUCCCGCGGCAUCAAACGCGUUACAGUGAGAAGUGUCCACUGUCCAGUCUCUACUCUCACUCAAUCUCUCUGUAUCUCAGAAUUCCAACUCCUGAUUCUUACAAUUUCUAUAUUUGUUAUAUCCUCAACAACAUUAGCAGUUGGUUGCGGAGGAGGAGCCAGGGGAUCGAUCGAUGGAAACGGGGGAGGAGAGGCCUGCCGGUGCCAGACAGUGAUGAACUUGUACAUAUCCGCAAAGGGGAUCAAGAGACUUGAAGUGCCGAGCUCCAAGGUGGCGCCUUUUCGGCGGGUUAUUUCUAGGCGCACGCUCACGGUGGUGCUGCUAUUAGGGAUCUUUUUGCCCUUCCUUUUCGUUAGAAUUGCCUUUUCAGUCCUUGAAUCUGCUUCCGCCUGUUCUUCCUCUAUUGAUUGUAUAGGAUGGAGGCUUCGCACUUCUCUGAAACUCAGAGAAGAGCUGACAAGAGCACUAUUGGAGGCAAACAAUGAUAGCAUUAAUGGAGGAGGAGAAGGAAUGGAUACUAUUAGUAGUUCAUUCGACUCAUUCAACCAGCUUGUGCAUGAUAUGACGUCAAAACAACAGGACAUCAAGGACUUCGUUUCUAAGACAAAGUCCAUGUUAUCCAGGAUGGAGCUGAAGGUGCAGUCAGCCAGGCAGAGGGAGUCAAUACACUGGCAUUUGGCUUCACAUGGUAUUCCUAAGAGUCUACAUUGCCUUUCCCUCAAAUUGGCUGAAGAGUAUGCUGUAAAUGCCAUGGCACGAUCUCAUUUGCCUCCACCUGAAUAUGUAUCUCGCAUUGCUGAUCCAUUGUUUAUGCAUGUUGUUCUCCUAACUGAUAAUGUCCUCGCUGCCUCAGUUGUCAUCUCUUCCACUGUUCAAAACUCCGUCGACCCUGAAAGAUUGGUGUUCCACAUAGUCACUGACAAGAAAACUUAUACUCCAAUGCAUGCUUGGUUUGCUAUCAAUCCCAUUCAAUCAGCAGUGGUGGAAGUCAAGGGACUGCACCAAUAUGAUUGGACUCAGGAAGUCAAUGUUGGAGUUAAGGAGAUGCUAGAGAUUCAUCGCUUAAUAUGGACUCACCAUUACAAGAAAUUGAAACAAGAGUUCCAUUAUGAAGGAGAGGCGCAAAUGAGAAAAUUGGAAGCUUUGAGCCCAAGCGGUCUGUCCCUUAUGAAUCAUCUCCGACUUUACAUUCCCCAGCUAUUUCCGGAUCUCAACAAGAUAGUUUUCUUGGAUGAUGAUGUAGUAGUUCAACAUGACAUAUCAUCUUUGUGGGAAUUGGAACUCAACAAGAAAGUUGUUGGUGCAGUUGUUGGCUCCUGGUGUGGGGAGAACAGUUGCUCAGGAAGGAGAUAUGUUGACUACUUGAAUUUUUCGCACCCAAUAAUUUUCUCCACGUUCGAUCCUGACCGUUGUGCAUGGCUUUAUGGAAUGAACGUCUUCGAUCUUAAAGCUUGGAGGAGAACCAACAUCACUUCAACUUACCGUAAAUGGUUGAAACAUAACCUCAAUUCUGGGUUGGAAUUAUGGCAACCAGGAAUGCUUCCGCCAGCCUUACUUGCUUUUGAGGGCUAUGUGCUUCCCAUUGAUCCUUCAUACCAUAUGGCUGGGUUAGGCUAUAGAUCGACUCAAGAAGCUCCUAAAGAAAUAAUGGAAGCUUCUGCUGUUUUGCAUUUUACUGGCCCAGCAAAGCCAUGGCUAGAGAUUGGUUUCCCAGAGGUACGAAACUUUUGGAGCAGAUAUGUAAAUUGUUCAAACAAGUUUAUUAGGAAAUGUAAAAUUGUGGUGUGAAGAGGAGAACUCCCUUACUUGCUUUCAAGGGCGAUCCUUCAUACCAUGUGGCCGGGUUAGGUUAUAGAUUAUCUCAAGAAGCUCCCGAAGACAUAAUGGAAGCUGCUGCUGUUGUGCAUUUUAGUAUUUUACUGGCCCUGCAAAGCAUGGCUAGAGAUUUGUUUCUCAGAGGUACGAAACUUCUGCUGUAAACUUGUAGAUUCUUCAAACAAGUUCAUUAGGAAAUGUAAAAUGGUAUUGUGAAGAGGAGAAAAGUUCUCUUUGCUAGCUCUCAACAUAUAUAUUGAUUAUUGGAACCAAACCAGGCAGUGUCACUGGAGUAUGGGAUUAGAGGCGAGAAGGUUUUGCCUUCAUUCUCUGCCCAUACUCAUAUCGGUUUAUCUUAUUUGUCCAUAAACUUGGAAUUUUAAA